AUGAAUUAAACUUCAUCUAGAGAAUAUGGAAACCUUCAAAGUUCAAAUUCUUCAAGAAUCUAAUCUAACCCUUCUAUAAAAGCAAAUUAAAAAUUACAUUAAUAAAUGCCAUUAAAUGAAUUCAUCAUGCAAUAUCCUUGUUAACCAAAAGACUCAAUUACAUAUGAUUUAAAUGGAUUUGAUAUAGACAUAAAAGAACAUUAAAUAUUUGAUUCAUAUUCAAAUAGAAGUAAAUAAUAAAAUUCUUAAUCAAUGAUUAUUUUGGCAGUAUGAUAUUUAAUUUGAUAUAGGAAAGGAGAAAAAUUACUUCUCCAUCUGUUUAAAAAAGAAAAAAAAAAAUGAAAAUGGAAUAAAUUAUCCAAAAAUUUAUUGAAAAAAUAAAGAUUAGUAAUAAUGUAUUCACAAAGUAACCUUAUGUUAAUACACUCUUAUAAACGUAUUCAAUUCCAUUUGUUUAAGAAAAUACUAAUAAUAAAAGUAUUAUAGAUAAAAUAAAGUAAUCUGUAAGACUUCCUAUCCCAAGACAAUGUAAGUUUAGAUAAUUUUGGAAAUUAUUAAUGUAAAUAACUUACUUAACUACUAUUAUUUUUUCUCCACUGAUUUUAAUUUAUCCCAGUAACAUUUAAAUUUAUGCUUUAUUAUUUGUUUAAUUAACAUUAUUAGUAUUUAAUUCAAUAUUAAAUUUGAAUACAUGCUUUUACAAAAAUGGAGUAGAGAUAACACAUUUAGCUACAAUUCAAUUAAAUUAUAUUAGAAGAUAUGGAUUAUAGGAUAUUAUGUAAUAUCUAUCAUUUAUUAUUAUUUUAUAAUUUUGUGAAUCUAAUUCAUAGAUUUCAAUUAUUGCUUUGAUUACUUUGAAUCUUUUAAUUGUUAGAUUAAUCAAAUUAAAUUCAUUGAUAACAUAACAACAUUGUAUUAUGUUGUUUUGGCAAUUUAUUAAAGGAUUAUCAUAUUGUCAUAUUUUUUCAUUAAUUUCGAUUUCAUACAAAGAUGAAAUUGGUUUUGAACCAAUAAGUUUAUAAUUAAAAACUUAUUUAAGCUAUCUUAAUGAAUAUAUUAAUUAGUAUUUGACUUUAUCAAGUUCUUUAGUAAACAAUACAAAUUUUGAAUUGUUAUUAGCUUUUUUAGUUCAGCUAAUUUUUACAAUAAAUAGAGUAAAAUUAAUUUUAGACAUCUUAUUUUUUUUUCAUUAAAAUGUUCAUAAAUAUUUAUUGAAAAAAAACUAUUUUGAUUUAAAAGCUUAUUUACACAAUCAUUAAGUUGAUUAAAAUUUAAUGAAAAAAGCACUUAGUAAUUAUAAAUUUGAAAUGAAAAAAGAUUUUUAAUAAUAAAAUUUCAUGAUUGAUUCUUAAUCUAUUAAAUAUAUAGAUUAUGAAAUUUAAAAAGCUAUUUAAAAUACUGUAAAUGCAAAAUAUUUUAAGAAAAUUGUAGUAUUAUCAUAAUUUUCAUAAAAUAUUUAAGAAAAAUUAGUUGAAAAUAUGUCAUUACAUUAUUUUCAACCUAAUGAAAUAAUAUUAAGAUAAAAUAAUAGAGAUGAUGAUUCUAUUUAUCUUAUUAAAAAAGGAUAAGUAAAGGUAUGUUAUUAGAGUGGAAAUAAAAAAUAAUUUGGAAUUAAAUCAUUAGGAGAAAUGUAAACAUUUGGUGAAGUAUCUUUUUUUACUGGAUUACCUAGAACAAGUACAAUUGUCAGUCUAGGUCCUGUUGAAACAUAUAAAAUUCGUAGAAUUGAUUUUUUAGAAGCGAUUAAAAAUAAUCGUCAAGAUUUGGUAAAUUUAAUAAUUAAAAUAGGAAAUAGCAACUUAUAUGAAAGAUUAAAUUCUAUAGAAUAAUUAAUAUGGUUUGAUUGGUUUAAAAUGUUUUUGUUGUCAAUCAAAUGAACAUUUAAUAUUUUAAUGUGAUAAACUUCAUUAUAAACCUGAUAAAGAAAAGAUUAUUAGUAAAUACUAAUAUGAUCAUCAUUAAUUAAGAAGAAAAUGUAUUAAUUAAAUUAAUCUAUGAAUAGAUAAAAGAAAUCUGAAAAGAACAAAUAAUAGUAGAGUACAUCUAUUCCAAAUAGGAAUGGCUGGUGAAGAAUUUUAAGAAAAUAAUUUUUUUAUAGAAGAUGAAUCAGAAAUACUUAAAGAGUUAACAUAAAAUUAUAAUUAUUAAUCUUCUACUAAUAUUUAACAAAAUCAAUCUUAAGCAAUUGGAUUCUUUCCAAGUAGGGAGAGAAUAAAGUCAGUUGAUAAAAAUAGCAUAUUAUUGAUAAGUGAAAUAGAUGAUGUUAGAGAGUAAUUUUAAGAAUUAGAUCCAAUGAUUCAUAAAAAAGACAAAGCUCUUUUCCCUUCAAAUAGUAAUUUUCCAAUAAAAGAAGUAAUCUAAGAACUUGAUGGGGAAGAUUAGAGUUCAAAUUCUGAAGAUACUAUACCUAAUGAUAUUUGUUUAACUAAUUUGCAACCUAAUUCAGAGAAACAAAAGUAAAAUACUAAUUUAUUAACUAUUCCUGAUAAAGAUAAACUUUAAGAAAUGUUAAUAAUUAAUUCUAAUUGCCAACUUUAGUAAAUGAAUAAUAGUUGCUAAAUUCUAAAUUCUCAGGAAAUGAAAAAUUCAAGAUAAAGUAGAAAAUCAUUAAGUUCAACUUUGUUACAUAAUCAAUAAAACGAAGUCAUUAAAAAACAUGAAAAUUUGAAAUCGUCUAGUAGUAAAUAGAAUUAUUAUGACGAUCUCGAUUUAAAUCCUUCGGAUCGAUCUUCACCGGGGAUGAAAAAGAUAACUAAAAGUCCUAUAUAAAAUAAAGCUAAGAUUGAAGAAAGUCCAUAAAUCUUCGUAGAUCUAAAUAACUCUGUAAUUUAGAAACUAUAAUUUAGAGUCAUUUUUUCUGUUUAGAAGAUAAAGAAGAAUUAGACAAAGCAUAAAAUUACAUAUUUUAUUAUCCAUAUUAUAAUCCUGAAUUCAUAAUAAAUUCGUAAGUUAUAUAAUUAAUAAUAGAUAUAAUCAUUUUAAAAUUCAUCGAAUCUAAAAAUUCAUUAAAAAAAGUCCAUAUACUAUUAGCUAUGUUAUUAGUGAAAAAAUUAAAUAAAAAGUCCUUAUAAAAUGA